AUGAAUCCUGAUUCAAAGUUGCUCCUGGAUGAGAUGCAUCGCCUCUUCAAAGAGCAGAAGACACAGAUCAAUGAGCGGUUUGCUGAAUUGGAUCGCAAGUUGGACGAGCGCUUCACCGACAACAGCCGCAAGCUCGACAUCUGCUUCACCAAGAUCGACGACAGCAUCAACAACCGCAUUGCCGAGUUCGACAACACCAUCACCAAACGCCUCGUCGACUCCAAUCUGAAUUGGGAGCAGUGCAUCACCGACUCCAAGCUCUGGCAGUCCGUGCUCAUCGCCGACGUCGCCAAGUCGGCUGAAGCACUCGAAGCCUAG